UGUAGAAAUGCGGUCCAUACAGCGUGAAAUAAUUUUCCUUUUAAGUAAUCACGGAAAUUUCUCCCGGAAAUUUUGAGCCUUAUCCGGAGCACAGUCUCUUUCUCUAGAGCCGUCUUUCUCCAUUUCUUGGCUCUUGAGGUUUGUGUCAUUCAAAAAUGGCCUGUGCCGCCAUGGCAGCUUGUUGGGUGAGGCCUCCUUCUUCUUUUCUCUCUCUAAAACGCCCUAAUGGAGUUCGUCUUAGUGUGGGUCUGAAAUGGAACUCUCUGAAACUAAGCUCUAGCAGGAGCUCAUUUGGGUUGAGCUCGUUUCCCCUAAAAAGCGUGACCCCCUUUUGUAAUCCUCCUCAGAAGCCGGGUUCUCUUACAAUUGUGGCUGCAAAAGGUUAUAAAAUGAAGACCCACAAGGCAUCAGCAAAGCGGUUCCGUGUGACUGGGAACGGGAAGAUAGUGCGAAGGCGUGCUGGAAAGCAACACUUACUCGCAAAGAAGAAUACGAAAAGAAAAAACCGCCUCUCAAAAAUGCAUGCUGUUAACAGAAGUGACUACGAUAAUGUGAUUGGGGCGCUACCCUAUCUAAAGGUGAACAGGAAGGCGACCUGAAGAUCCAUUUCUCAAAAUUGAACUUUAAUUUUGUUGGUCUAAUGCAUUCAAUUUGAAUCUGCCUUUCUUCAAGACCAAAGCAGCUGGGUUCUUUUUUGGUUAAUUGUUGUACUCCAUGAACUCUUUGUUUCAUUUAUUCUCAAGUCAUUGUAUAUGAUUAUACUUUUUCCCAUUGCCUUAUCCAAGUUCAUGAGUGGAUUACUCAUACUAUUGGACUUAAAUUUCAGAGAA